CAAGUUAAAGUUGAAGUGUUGAACAUAUCCGAGGGACUCUAACUCGUUAGCACCAUCCAAAAAAGAGAGAAGAGAGGAAGACGAUGGAAGCAUGUGCAGCAGCAACUUAUGGUGCGGCCUCAACGUGCACCCCACUUAACUUCACCUUCAGCCAUGGAAGAACCAAAACCCUCUUACACUCCCAAAUUCCCAUUCCCUCCAAGAAAGGACCGGGAAAAUCCUUCUCCAUUGUUAGCGCCUCAAGACGAACCUUGUCUUCCAACUGGCUUGUCUCCGAUGAUGACUUCUCUGCUUCUACGACUUCUCCAUGGCUUCCCAGACUCGAAGAACUUGACACUACCAAUAUGCUUCUCCGCCAAAGGAUUAUCUUUUUGGGUUCUCAGGUGGAUGAUAUGACUGCUGAUUUCAUCAUUAGUCAGCUCCUCUUUUUGGAUGCUGAUGACCCAAAAAAAGACAUAAAGUUGUUUAUAAAUUCACCUGGUGGUUCUGUCACUGCUGGAAUGGGUAUUUACGAUGCCAUGAAGUUAUGCAAAGCAGAUGUGUCAACAGUUUGUGUAGGGCUUGCGGCAUCAAUGGGUGCAUUUAUCCUUGCGUCUGGUACUAAAGGGAAGCGCUAUUGUAUGCCAAAUUCAAGAGUUAUGAUCCAUCAGCCACUUGGAACUGCUGGUGGAAAAGCUACUGACAUGAGCAUUCGGAUAAGAGAAAUGGCAUAUCACAAGAUUAAGAUAAACAAGAUACUAUCAAAGAUUACUGGGAAGUCUGUAGAUCAGAUAGACUUGGACACUGAUCGCGAUAAUUUUAUGAAUCCUUGGGAAGCUAAGGAAUAUGGUUUAGUUGACGAAGUUAUAGAUGACGGAAAGCCCGGGCUAGUUGCACCGAUUGCAGACUCGUCACCACCACCAAGAACUCGGGUGUGGGAGCUAUGGAAGAUUGAAGGAAGCCGAAAAGCGAAGAAGAAUUUGCCAUCAGAGCAUAAGUUUUUAGAGGAAGCAUACAAAAAAGUUCAGGGAGGUGAUGAUGACAAAGGCACUGAACAGGAAAACGAAGCACCUGCUGCUGUAUGAGUUUUAGAGAAGAAAUGUUUGCAUUGCUUAUAUUAUUUAUUCCUAAUGAGACCUUUUUUAAAAUCCUAAUUUUAACUUGAUUUAUUAAUCAGCACCACUUUUAGAUAAAAGAGAUUUUUCACUUUGUUAUAGCUGUGACAUUCCAUUGUAAGUUCCAGAACUGUAUAUCAGUUAUCAGAUAAUUAUUUUAUGCUUCA